AUGUGUGACGCUGUUGAGAAUGCUGCUUCCCACGCAGUCCGAAAGGUGGUAAAACGGCGGACGAAUGUGAAGGACAGGUUUGCCCUCUACCCCAGCUACCUGAAUGAUUUGACUGGCUCGUACUCCUGGUCGAUGCGGUUAUGUGCACUCUGGCUGUUUGUGGGAACGCUAGUCUUCCUUCUUGAAUUCCCUAUUCGCCGAGCCAUACGCAUCCCUGACCCCACGGAGCCUCAACAUGAACAGCUGAGUGACAACAUGACUCCCACUAAUUCCCCGUGGUGUCGUCACUUCGGAGGCCCGGCCACUCUCUCUGUUGAGGAUCUCACUCCGCGGGCACCCUCAAUUGUGGUCGCUUCAGUGCCACCGUCAAUAGCCAAGGCCGGUCUCUCAGACUCCACAAUCCCCUUCGUUUGCUCCCAAUCCGAUGAGGGCGAACGGUCUGUCCUGCUUGGGAAAACCUACGAACCCGCUGGCUACCCAGAAUUGCCGACAAAGGAUUCUUACCUUGAGCCAACACAAGAAGAAAUCGAAAAAAUAAUCUCGACCCCUGCAAUUGAUGGCGAAAAACUGAAUCAACUAAUAGACCUAAUAAACCAAAUGCCAAAAACCCAAAAUCCGCCUUACGCAGAGGAAGGGCAGGCUGGAGUUCAUUUGUCCGGUACUGACGGCUCUGGGCAUCGACAAAUGCCUACUGUUGAGAUGGACCACCGGGUCGACCAUAGUGGUCCUGGUGAGGCCGUCAUCCAGUCUCAAGACCAGAAAUCCGAAGUCUCAGUUCAAAGCCCGGAGUACAAGAAGGUCUGUGAAGUUGAGAUGGUUCCUUGUAUGGUUCCACGAUGUAGGGCUGUCAAUAAAGGUGCAGCACAACAAGACGACAUCAACAUUGGAACGCCUGGAAACGAUGCUGAAAAAUCUCGUCCAGGAACGUUUGAAGCCUAUGGUGACAAUUCAUACAACACGGGAUUUAACUUCGCAUCAGCUGGUUCCUACUCAAGCCUGACUGGUGCUGUUGGAGGUAUAGAAACUGGCCUCAAUGGCAUCGUAGGAGGUGUGAACACUGGCCUGAACGGAAUUACAGGAAGUGCAGGAUCUGGUCUUAACAGCUUAGCAGGUGGAAUUGGUGCGGGUCUCAGUGGCAGUUACGCGGCUGCUGCUCCUGCAUUUACCAGUGGUGUCCACGGUGCUAACAGCGGUGCUGGUGUUGGUGCUGGUGGACUCAAUGGAUACUUUGGCCAGUUCCUCGGAGGAAGCACUGCGGCUCUCAAUUCACCCUAUUUGGAAGCUGUUUUCACUUCAGCUCCAAGCGCACCCUUCAUGUCACCCACACAGCCAUUGGUGCUUGGAGACUUGUCGCGAUGGAAUUCUGUGCCCACGAUUUCAGCUCCCUCGGAUUUGGCUGAUGUCAAAAUUGGAUACAGUCUUAAUCAAAUCGAUGAAGAUGAAGUGGAAUAUGAGACCAAAUACGAGGAACGUAAGUUUGCCUGCCCCUCUUCACAUUCACCUCCCAACAUCAUUGAAUGCAGAGCCGACUUGGAGGAGUACAAUCGACAGGUUAGCCUGGCGAAAGAGGAGGCGGAGAAGAGGAGGAAGGAGCUUAUUAGUCAACGCGACGCAGAAGUGGCGAGGCGACGUGCCGAGGCGGAGCGCAACCUCGAGGAGGAAAUCGCACGUCGCAAGGCCGACGCCCAACGCGCCCGUGAUGAGGAGGUGCGACGUAAAAUUGCCGACGCCGAACGGAUUCGCAAGCAGAAGGAGCAGCAGCUGACUCAACUCUUUAGUCAGAAACUGAAGGCGUUGAGGGAUGCGGAGGCAGCCAAACGCGCACAAUACGAGAAAUCAAUUUUGGAGAUUAGCCAGAGAGAGGGGCCUAUUCGACAGCAAAUCGCCCUGGCUCAAAGUGGCUUACAGGAACUCGAAAUAUACAAGGCACAGAUCAGCGCCCAAGAGGUUGAACGAAGACGCCAAAUCGUCAUUCUGAGCGAACAGCUCAAAGGCCUCCGUGUGCCAAGCUACAGCGCAGACACUGGAUCGGAGAAAAAUUUGCUCGCUGAAUACUGCCAGCAGCUCUCGGAUAUCAAGUGCGAGGAAAAGGAACGCAUCUGUGCUGCAGAAGCAACACCGCUGCCGAAGAUUGAGUGUCCUGAAAUUCCAGAAGUCGAAAUACCGAACAUUCCGAAACCGGAGGCUCGUGAGAUUAAGAUCCCCAAAAUCAAGAUAAAGCGUGAGUCUCAACGACUGCUUGAGUUCGGUGACAUCGAUGUUGCUGCUGUCCAUAUUCCAAGCCACAGCCUCCAGUCGAACCAAUACAAAUGUCUGCACCUGUUUUCAACACUCCAGUGGCUGCACCCCCCUGCAAUGUCAUUCCAAUUUCACCAGGUGAGGUGCCAAGUUUACGAGUCAAUUGUUUCCAUGGUGUUAGCUUACAAUAUGUGUGAUAGCCAGGCAAAAGCUACUCGCCUCGACAUUUUGCCUGCUGUCAGCCAACUCCAUGCUGCCAUCCACAUCAAUGUUGCCAACCGCCUCAAUGCUGUCACCCACAUCCAUGUUGCCGAAGCUACCAGCCUGCACCAGCGCCAGCUCCCAAAUCCACCUGCUGCAGAACUACUUCACGAUCCCCCUCGUGUUCGGCGCCAUCGUGCUGUGAGAAGCUCCAAGUCGUCAUGCUGCCUGGCUCCGAGAUGCGCGCCACUGUCGUCAGACGAAGAGUGCUAUGAAUUCCAGGCGACAGGCUACAAACUGAAGUGUGUGAAGGUGUCAUGCUCAGAGGAACCAAUUCCAUCCCACGCCCCACCGAAAGUCGAGGAUGACUGCGCCGAAACCGGUCCAGAGAAUGAAGAACUAACCGCUGGGCCUCCUGAGGAGUGA